AUGUCGGUCAAGUUUAACAUCAAGGCCCUUUUGGCCCUCCCUCUGUGCUUGCAGCUUCUAGUCCUCCCGACAGCACAAGCCACAAGUCCCCCAGUUCAUGACCCGUACGCCGGUGCAUAUCCUGUACCAGUCGUGGUACCGUCUGAAUAUGGAUAUGCACCAGCACCUGAGCCGACGACGUCGACAUCAGUUCAUGAAAUGCCACCACCAAUGGUGCAUGAAACCACAACGACCACAUCAGUGCAUGAGAUGCCUCCGCCGAUGGUUCAUGAGACUACAACAACCACAUCGGUGCAUGAGAUGCCCCCGCCGAUGGUGCACGAGACAACCACAAGUUCUCAAUCUACAUCUGUUCUAGGUCAAGAAAUUUCUGUAUCUAUAUCCACAGAAUUCCUGACACAGACGGCAACGAUAACAGAACAUCAGGUUGAGACUUCAUUAUCAACUGUGAUUUCUCAACAUGUUGUCUUCUCGCACGUCACGGUAGUUCAACAUGUCCCGACGACAAUUCAUCAGACUCAAACUCAGAUCUUGACUGAAACGGAAACAAAACAUCAAGUUGUGACUGAGCACGUGGUUAUGCAUGUUACCGUUGUGGAACCGACUACAAUCGUGGAAACUCUGCCACCAAUCACGGAGACAAUCCAUCAAUUUGUUACCCAUGUGGUGGAGAAGCCAGUGACUGUAGUUUCGGUUUCCGUAAUUCAUAAUAUUGUAACUUCUGUCGUUCAUGUCUCUAAAGUUAUCAAGGAGACAUUGACGGCGGUUGAAACAGAGACAGCUGUCAAAACCCAUGUUGUCGUCUCCGAAUCUAUUGAGACCCAAGUCCAGACCCAGACCAUCGAAAACGAGGUUGAAGUCACCAAGACCGCAAUCAACCACAUAGUUUCUGAGGUCACAAAAACAAAACUUCAGCACGUUGUUUCAGAGGUCACAAAGACAGAUGUACAACAUGUCGUAUCCGAGGUCACAAAGAUAGCCCUCUCUCACGUAACACAGGAAGUUACCAAGACCGCACUAGAGGAAGUUACCAGAACCGCGGUAGAGGAAGUCACAAGAACCGCACUUGAAGAAGUAACCAAGACUGAACUGCAACAUGUCGUGUCCGAAGUUACCAAAACCAAGUUGCAGCAUGUUGUCUCAGAAGUUACCCGUACUCAGGUACAGCAUUUGGUUUCACAGGUUACGGAUACUGCUACGUUGCACUUGAUCAGUACCGUUGAGAACACCGUUCAUUUGAUCAAUACCGAAACGGUCCACCUCAUCAAUACCGAAACAGUACACCUUAUCAAUACUGAAACAUUGCAUUUGGUCAGUACCGUUAACAACGUCGUCCAUAUCAUCAGCACAGUCGUGGGCCACGGGGUCACCGAAACCGUCAACUUGGUCUCAACAGAAACCCUCACCGUCAGUGGUUCCCCAGUCCAAUCGCCAGUACCAAGUACAAACCCCGAACCAGUUGCUCCACCAAACUACGCUCCUCCAAAUAAGGCCCCCCCAAGCAACAACGGCGGUGCCUGCAAUUGCCAAUGUCUCUGCCCAAUCGCCGCGAUGCCAUCGCAUCCCGCACCACCAAAACACCAAUAUCCCCCACCAAUCGCCGCGAUCUCCAGCCUUCCUCCACCAAAUUACAUCAUCACGGGUACAACAAAGGUUUACGUUCCAUCCACCUAUAUCAUGAACCCAGGGAAGGACGGACAGAGCACAGACGCCCCACAUGGAACAGUAGUUCUGCCACCUACUCCACAGAAGCCAACCCCAAACCCGGUCUAUAGCCGCAACUCUACCACAACCGCUGUUUAUGAAAUCCCAUCUGAGGUUCCAUCUGAGAUUCCAUCCGAGGUACCAUCCGAGGCGCCGCCGGUACCAUCCGAGGCACCUAUGCCAUCCGAAAUCUCUUCCGAACUACCAUCUGAGACCCCAUACAUCCCAGCCCCAACGAACGGAGCGCCCGGUAAAAUUGGCGCAUCCUCGGGAUUUAUGACCAUACCAUUCCCCGGAUCCCAGACCAGUAGCUCAAUCGAGGAAGAACCCACCAUCCCAACACCUGAGCCUGAACCUACUACAGAAGCGGAAUCGGAGCCAUCAACCACAGCCGCAGCUGAAGAACCACCCACAGAAUCAACAUCAAGCGAAUUCCCAACAUUCACAACACCACCAACCGAAUCAGCUCCAUCCGAGACUCCCCUACCACCAUCGGAAUCAUCCACAGAACUUCCCACUACAACAUCAUCCUCUGAACCGCUCGAGACAACCAUAGACGGCGCUCCAGCAGCAAGCUUCAUAGUCCCCGUAGAUGGUCCACAACCCGUAGUAACCGAAGUCCCCGAGGACCCAAACUUCGGUGGCGGAGACGUCUUACCCUAUGAGCCAAUAGGGACCGACGGCGGUGCCGUUGUUACCAUUCCUGUACCAAUGAGAUAG